AUGACUGAUGAAUGGAUGAAUGAUCUAGACGUUGUUUCGGUCUUGAUAACACCAUGCAAAUAUUUUGAAUUCCUCGCAUAUAUAAAUGUUGCUAGAGUACCGGCGGCCGGAGGCAAAUCGACGCACACAUUGGCGAAUCCCGGCGAAGCAAAGAUGAUCUUCAAAGUGAAGUGCUCAAACAACACUGAGUAUCGUAUGAACCCUGUUUACGGCUUCAUUGAUCCAGCCGGUAACGCAACGCUUGAAGUCACCAGACUGGAAGGCCCAGCGAAAGAGGACAAGGCGGUCAUUCAAUAUGGUCCCGCACCCGCAGAUGCUACUGAUCCGGCAGCAGCGUUUCCUUCGAUUCCACCGGAUCAGAUACAGCAAAUUACACUUCCGCUAUCGGCAACUGGUUAA